CAAAAACUGGGAGCGUUUCAGCCGCCCCCUCCCCCAUUAAAAAGGAAAAACCUUCAACCAAUGCUGCCCCAGAAGCUUCACCAAAGAAAGGCAAAGAGUCACCAAAGGAAAAACCCAAGCAGGAUGCAGAGAAAGCCACAAAAGCAGGCCGUGGUCGUGGCAGGCCAAAGGGCACUACAGGCACAAAAAAGAAAACCCAGAAGAAGAAAUGA